AUGGCUGACAUGACAACAUUGAUAGUUAUCAGUUCCUUUAUCAUGUUCCCAGCUGUGAUGAUGGCACAGGAAGUCGUAAACCAUGGAGGUAAUGACUAAUGACAUCAGGACUAAAAUUUUAUUGCGCACCUGUUUGUAGGUAUUAUGUUUAAGCACCCUGUUGCUGUUUCAUAUACAGAAAGCUGUCAAAAAAUCAUUCUGAAGUUAAAAAAAAAAUGAAAUAAUGAUUUUUACACAUAAAAAAUGUGCGAUCAAGACUUCAAAACCAGCCAAACGCCUUCGUUCAAGACUGAUCCUCUGUUUUACUUUCUUAAUAGAUUUUAAAUGAAUUUGUAUCUUAGAAAAUCGUGCUAUUAUUAUUAUUAUUAUUAUUAUUAUUAUUAUUAUUAUUAUUAUUAUCAUCAUCAUAUGCAUCAUCAACUUCAUUUUUCUAUUGUUAUAAAAUUAUAAUUAUUCCUGUUCCUAUACUACCGUGGCGAAGGUUUAUAAUAGGGAGCUUAUCAAGCAAGAACGACGGCGACGGUUACGAAAACGUCAAUAUUGAUAUCUGUAUUGUACUCUGCUUAUUGACCUGAUUGGUUAAUUAAGUCUCGAUCUGAUUGGUCUUGUGUCAGUUAAUAAGCCGUGUUGUUAUUGGCUAUGAAGACUCGGGUCGUUUCGAUCAGUCUUUUGUCACAGUUUAACAGCGACGAUCCAGCGACAAGAAACGGUGAUGUCAACAAUCACACUUCUUAUUGCUGAACAUGCACCAUUUCCAGACGAAACAUUAAAUCGACCGGGGUUCUGCGACACGUAUUACGAUUCUACAGACUACCAUAACUAGUACUCAUCUUAGAAAGCUGGCUUACUAAAUUAGACCAAAAGCCACUGGAAUGGCAGUCAACGGGCACGGUACAAACGACUUAUGGCAGACUCAAGCAAAACUGACAAAAACAGAAGUGACUUUGUAGGCAAGAGACAAUUUGACUAACAACAAACGACUGUAACAACAAACGACUUUGACUAUGAAGAUGACUACCCGACACAGUCCUAUUCAGGACUACACACUGACGAUCAUGCUCCACCUUCUAAUGGAUUUAUAAUUACUGUUCAUUUAUUGUUUUGCUGUUUCGCAGUUUGUCCCCUUCUGAUGUUUAAAGAAGAAGAGCAGAAAAUUAAAGAGCAGGAAAGAAACAGACAACAAAUGGAAGAGAUCAUGAGAGAGAUUGAAAUCAGUUGUUUAGGCGAGUGAUAAAAAACCAUGGGAUGAAUAAUUAAGUACAAGUAAAAAUAACUUAAGGGUUUGGGUCGUUUUUGUUAUACAAAGAACAAUGUAAAUUAUGCAUUUCUGAACCCGUUCUCUUCAUUGGAAGCGUUGUCGCUCGUGGGACGAAAAAAUCACGCGCGGAUACCCGGGGGGGGGGGGGGUGGGGGUUGUACUCCGGAUUUCAAGGAAGAGAUCCUUAGAGCUUUUGUUCCAACGGCUACUCUCCAUUGUAUAUACAACGCUCCUCAUUCAAUCUCAAUUCGAUAAUAGUGAUAUUGUCUGGGGUAAUUGUGGAAAACCUUUGUUUGACAGGCUACAGAAGCUUCAGAACCGUGCUGCUCGUGUUCUAACCUUUUCUAGAUAUGAUGCUCAUGCCAACCGCUUAUUUAGACAACUUAAUUGGAAAGACUUGGGCACUCAGUUUCAAAUACAAAAAGCCCUAAUGGUUCACAAGUCUUUAAAUGAUCUUUUUCCAGGAUCUUUAUCCUCUAAGUUGUUAAACGAUGUGAAACGCGCUACUCCCUAAGGGACUCUGUUAACAAACUGAGUGGGAACUAACUUCAUGAAGAACAGCUUCAGUCAAGAGGAGAAGUGAUAUGAGAGGGCUUAAUUUUUAACACUACCAAUUAACUGCACUGAAGCACACGGACCAUCUCUGCGUUAUGGCCAGUACCUUAUGCAUGCGCACAACCAUAUCACCCGAGCAGUAGCAACCAUGGAUGGCUCUGGUUUGCCCUUAGUGGGGAUCAUCAGCCUGGCAUUGCCGUUGGGUCCAUUAGGGGGAGGUAGCCGGCAAGCAGUACUUUAAUCGUCAGCUCCACCGUAAACAAGUGGUAGUUGUUGGUUGGGAACUGCAAAACAGUUCUCCCACGGCAUGCGUAUGGAGAUGGUAUCAGAAAAAACUGACCUGUGUGCCCAAAUAAAUUUGAAACAAUACCAAUUAACUGCAUUGAAGCACACAAAUCAACUCCGCGGUAUGGCCAGUACUUUACCCAUGAGCCCGAAUAAGGGCGAAACAGCUGUCCAUGGCCGCCACUGCCGGGGUGAUAUGGUUGUGCGCAUGUACCGCGGAGUUGGUACGUGUGCUUCGGUGCGGUUAAUUAGUAUUGUUUAUAAAUAUUUAAGUCAAUUUAAACGAUUGGCUCAUCUGAAUUUCUGAUUUUUUAAGUACUGUGCACACGGCAUUCAUGAAAAGCAGGUCUUAGUCAGGUUAGUUAUAGUUUCGCAUAUUGUUUAGGGUAGUUAGGUUUAUUUAAGAUUUUUUAUACUCCUGAUGAAUUUUACCGUGUUUAAAUAAAGAAUUGUUUUUUUCUAUUCCUAUCAGUUGAAAUCCAGAGUACCCCCCACCCCACUGGCGUGGAUGUAAAACCGGAAGUCACUGGACAGUGUGCAGGGGCACCCAAUGGGAAAUUUUAAUACAACAACAAAGCAUGAAUAAAGCUUUCUUAAGCCAUUUUAAGCAUUUUGAGAGAUUGCUACUAAAAAUUAAUCUGUUCCUCACUCCCAGGAAGACUGAUGGAAGAGUUCCUAGCCACCUACAACCUGGCUUACUGGAAGUUUCCCAGCAGACGUAUGUCCAGGACAUUACUGGCCAGUUUUGGUGUGGUCAUAGGGCAAAAUUCACUCCUCAGCAGUGGGGGUGGGGGAGGAGUUUCUGAUCCAUAACACAUAGUAACUAUUCUAAACAUCAAAUCCCCUCAGACACAUUUUUUUCUUAGCAACACUUUCCUUCCAAGGACAUAUUAUUUCUUCCACAUCUCCCAGCCAGCAAAAAUUGGCCUGAAGAACAGAUAUUUUGAGGAACAGAUCCUUUGGGUGCCCCUGAGUGUAGCCUAGCAGCACUAUACGAUGCGUCCUUAGGAGUGCAGUUUCGUGAUUGAAGUUUUGAGACUAACGUUCCAAGUCUUUCAACAAACUUGUUUAGCAAAUCACGCCGUGGUUAGUGACAUUGAACGAAGAGUAUUCAUAUAGAUUAUAAUAAUUUGAACUCAAUUGAACUGUUGCAAAUAAAUAAUUUAAACAACUCUUGAUCGGCUGAAAGUGAAAACUGACUUUGCAGGUGCAUUACUUUACGUCAAACAAAAUCUUUUACCUACCUGUCAUUUGCUGAUUUGUAGAUGAGUGUAAAACAGGACAACAUAACUGCCACGAUGAUGCAGAUUGCACCAACACCAAGCGUUCCUUCACUUGUACUUGUAAGCCUGGAUAUAUUGGGGAUGGUGUUAACUGUACAGGUAGCAAACCAUACGGAGCUUAAACUAACAGGAUUUCAUCUUUAGUUUUAUGCUAUUCCAUACCAUAAAGAUUAGAACCAAUCAGAAAGCUGGAAACCGGUUUCAUAUUUAGUCAGUGGUAUGUCACAGAUCGGUAGUUUCUUGGUGUUGUGGGCGCGUGCAACCACAAAAUGACGUCAUACAAAAGAUUAACAAGACACUGAACAAUAUCCACACCACAUAACAAUAGCUAACCAACAAUAGUUUCCUCAUCACCAAGAAACACGUACCCCACAGGUCGUAUCCGUGAAAAAUGUUGGUCUUAGUUGCAGCCUCCAGAUCCCCGUAGCCUACGAACAGGCUCACAAUUCACAUGUGCGAUUUCGAGGGACAUUUUGGCGCGUCCAUUUCCUAGCCCUAUUAUUCUCGCUGGCGUUGCGUGCUCGAGCCGCCAAAAUUUUCUUUUUCUCAGGCUAACUCCCCCAGCGAAAGCUGUCCAAGUGUGCAACAUGUAAAACUGAGUCUAAAAUCGAACAAAGUCAGUUGAUUAUUCAGGAUUAACUCUUGAUUGCAGACAUAGACGAGUGUAAGACUGGAAACGACCUAUGUGACGCCGAUAUUUCAGAGUGCAAAAACAUUAAAGGAUCUUACAAGUGUGUUUGCAAACGUGGUAUAAAUACAGGUAAAUAUACCACCGAGCACUUCAAGAUAUGCUUAUUGAAAUGUAUACUUUAAAAAUGUCUUCUUCUUUUCUCCGGGUUACGUGCGAUGAAUAAGGUUGAAAUGGCAUCGACAAAAUAGGAACGUGGACGGCAUAUUAUGAUGCUUUAUAAAACAGAUCCAUGGUUUGAUAAUUCAGCGUUAACUCUUAAUUUGCAGACAGAAACGAACACGCCACCAGUUCAUUGUGCCGUAACACUAAACGAUCCUUUUAGUGUGCUUGCAGGGAAGGGUAUUUCGAAAGUGCCGUUGUUUAGUAAAUCACGCUGUGGUUGGUGACAUUGGGCGAAGAGUAUAGAUUAUAAUAAUUUGAACUCAAUUGAACUGUUGCAAAUGAAUAAUUUAAACAGCUCUUGAUCGGCUAAAAGUGAAAACUGACUUUGCAGGUGGAUUACUUUACGUCAAAUAAAUUCUUAUACAUAACUUCCAUUUGUUGAUUUGUAGAUGAGUGUAAAACAGGACAACAUAACUGCCACGAUGAUGCAUACUGCACCAACACCAAGUGUUCCUUCACUUGUACUUGUAAGCCUGGAUAUACUGGGGAUGGUGUUAACUGUGCAGGUAGCAAACCUGAUAAGGAGCUUAAACUAACAGGAUUUCAUCUUUACUUUUAUGCUAUUCCAUACGAUAAAGAUUAGAGAGCCAAUCAGAAAGCUGGAAACCGGUUUCAUAUUUGGUCAGUGGUAUGUCUCAGAUCGGUAGCUUCUUCGUGUUGUGGACGGGUGCAGUCACAAAAUGACGUAAUACAAAAGAUUAACAAGACACUGUACAAUAUCUACACCACAAAACAUUAGCUAACCAACAAUAGUUUCCCCAUCAUCAAGAAACAUUCCACAGGUCGUAUCCAUGAAAAAUAUCUGGUGUUAGUUACAGCCUCCAGAUUCCCCGUAGCCUGCGAACAGGCUCACAUGUGCGAUUUCGAGGGAAAUUUGGGCGUGCAGAUUUCCUAGCCCUUUUAUUCUCGCCGGCUUUGUCUGCUCGAGCCGUCAAAAUUUUCCUUUUCGUGGGCUAAAUUCCCCAGCGAAAGCUUUCCAAGUGUGUAACAUGUAAAUUGGUUUAUCAUUUGUAUUUUUUAGUUAUUUGGCAUUCAAUCUAACUUCCUUUUUUGUUUUGUCCACUAUAAAAAUUUAUCAUUCUUUUGACCAUAAAAAUAUGAUAUAUAUCUAUCCUCAUUGGAUAGAAUCGACACAAAAAUCGAACCCGAUUGAUAAUUCAGCAUUAACUCUUGAUUUGCAGACAUAAACGAGUGUGAAACUGGAAACAACCAAUGUGACCCCGAUACUUCACUGUGUGUUAACACUAAAGGAUCUUGCAAGUGUGUCUGCAAGUCGGGUUUUUCCAAAAGUGGACAUGAACAUAAAUGUACAGGUAAAUAUACCACCGAGCACUUCAAAAUAUCAAUUGAAAUGGAUUCUUUAAAAAUGUCUUCUUCUUUUGUCGAAUUUAAGUGGGGUUAAUCAGGUUGAAAUGAUAAAAGCAUCGUCAAAAUAGGAACUUAUACGGCAUAUUAUGAUGCUUAACCGAUCUACAGUUUGAUAAUUCAGCAUUAAUUCUUAAUUUUCAGACAUAAACGAGUGCGAGACAGGAAAACACAACUGUAACGCCACCAGUUUAUUGUGCCAAAACACAAAAGGAUCAUUUAGGUGUGCUUGCAGGGAAGGGUAUUCCGGAAGUGUACCUGAACAUAAUUGUACA